UUCUGUAUUUUUAAGGGAUUUAGUUUGCAUAUCUAGUAUUUUGGCAGGGAAAGAAAAUUAUGUGUCUUUAAUUAGACCAAUGUUUGAUAUGCUAAUUUCAAACUUAUAUUUUAAUUUUGAAUUCCAAACAGAACCCAUUUUAGAAAAAUCAUAUGGGAGGAUCUGAAUCAAAAGAACCACCAGCACCUACAGGACCUCCUCCUCUAAUGGGCAAGCCUUGGAGGUCACACAUUGAAUGGGAUGAUCUGAACAGAAAACAGCUUUUGGAGGGCAUAAAUACCUUUAAAGUGAAAGGUGGAGUAAAGUAUCUGAACUGUUUGUUGCUAGGACAAGCAGCAUCUGGUAAAACAUCUUUUUUUAAUACGAGUUAUACAGCAUUGAAAGAUGAAGGAAGAAUCAUAUCUCCUUUAACUGUCUUCAAAUCCAGUGGGUCAAGUGUUACUACAAAGUUUGAAACACAUCCUCUCCAUACCAAACGGAACAAGGCUUUACAAUUGCGCAUCUUUGAUUGUCGCGGACUUCAUGAUAUACAGGGCGUCACAGCAGAAGAUAUUAACCUCAUUGUUGAUGGUCAUGUCAAACACGGAUAUCAGAUCAAUCCAGUGAGUUCAAUAAGCCACAAAGAUGUUCACUACCGAAAGACACCAAAACUAAAGGAUAUGAUGCACUGUGUGGUGUACGUAGUAAACGCAGAAAAUCCAGCAGCAGCGCUAGCAGGUGAAGCUGCCGAGGAGAUAUUUAGAGAUAUUAGAGCCAAACUUGGAGAACGACGUGUUCGUCAACUUGUUCUAAUGAACAAAGUGGAUAGGCUUCGAGCUUCUUUAGCAGAUGAUAUAUCAGACUUGUUUCGAAGCGUGGAGGUUAAGAAGAAAUUAUAUGCUGUCGCCAAGUUCAUGAAUCUACCAGAAAUGCACGUGUUACCCAUGUCCAACUACCAUACUGAGCCCGUACCGACCCGAGACAAAGACGUACUUGCACUGACAAAUCUAAAAACUAUUAUGGACUGUGCGAAUGAUUUUGUUCACGAUGCUUGCGAUAAAAACACGCCAUCAAAAUUUUAUAAAUGAUGCAAUCACCUGAGCAAUUUAAGAGUGGUUGAACUUUUUUUUUGUAUAUUUAUGUACCAUUUUCUGUUUUCAUUUACAACCACUACACAUGUAAUAAAGAUGGUUUGGAAGUUUU